AUGCCUAAGCCUGAUUCGAACGGACAGGCAUGGUAUCCACCAGGUCAUGGGAAUAUAUUUGAAUCGAUGCAGUUCAACGGUAUAUUAGAUGAUCUGAUUGCCGAGGGUCGUCAGAUUUGUUUCAUCUCGAACAUCGAUAAUAUAGGUGCAGUUGUUGAUCUGAGUAUUGCCAAGUAUAUGAUUGACUCGAAUAUUGACUACUUGAUGGAGUGCACUGAGAAGACCGUUGCUGACACGAAGGUUUGUAUUCUCUUCCAGUAA